AGCGAUUUAGGCUCAAUCGUGUUUUUGCGCGGCGAUUCCUCCAGUAGGCUGCAGAAACAUCGGAUGGCGCCAGCUACCAGACAUGCCCAUAGGAUCAGGCAUAAAUAGCCCCCGAGCGUUCCAGAACGCUCACGGAGCGUUUCGAUUCGGGAGCGCUUCGGGAUCGUCGCGGCGCCCAGUACACCCUUCAGACCUGCCAGUUCUCAAAUAUUCCCGAUAUAUACAAAUUUGGGCAGCCUGCCUUCGUCUUCAACUAUUGCGCCGUCAAGGAUACCUGUCGGGCCAGUCCAGAGCCCCGGAUGGGCCUGCUUCGGAUUGGCGCUGGAGCCAGAAGAGGAGGGAUGGAGGAGGGGGAGACGGUGCACAGCUGGCACCCUUCCAGAAGGAGAGGUCCACCGCCGCCCGCGCCGCCAUGCCCGCCGCACUCCUCGUCGAGACCGAGCUCGAGGGCCUCGAGGGUGUGAAGCUCCUGUCGCCGGGAGGAGCCCGUCGGGGAUCGCCUUCGAGCUUACCGAGCAGUUCAAGAGCCCCUCGCGCGCCGACAGGCAGUGCAAGGCCCGCGCGCGCCUGGAGGGCUACCUGCGCACGCCCGCGAAGGAGAAGCCGCCCUAUCAGCCCAACGGAGAGCCCGCUGCCCAGCCUCCUCAGCAGGGGCCGGGCGGCCAAGUUGCAGAUUGAGAACGAGGCGAAGAAGCAGACGGCGGAGCGCGCUGGAACCAAGCAGGCCGAGCGCCUUCGCCGCCUGAACGACGGGCUCAACGAGAAGGCCAGCCUCGCUCUCGAGAAGCGCAAGGAGGUGCUGGCCGAGAACAGCCAGAAGGCGAAGAAGCACAACGCGGCUGUUGAGGGCAAGCUGAAGAAGACCCAGGCUGCCGAGGAGCACCGCCUCGCGGAGCUCAAGGCCAAGCUGGAGCCCAGCAUCGCCCUGGAGAAGCGCAAGGAGGUGCUGGCCGAAAGCAGCCAGAAGGCGAAGAAGCACAAUGCGGCCGUCGAGGACAAGCUCAAGAGAACCCAGGAGGCCGAGGAGCACCGCCUCGCGGAGCUCAAGGCCAAGCUGGAGCCCAGCAUCGCCCUGGAGAAGCGCAAGGAGGUGCUGGCCGAGAGCAGCCAGAGGGCCAAGAAACACAACGAGGCCAUCGCGGAAAAGCUGAAGAGGUUCCAGGAGGCCGACGAGCAUCGCCGCGAAGAGCUGAAGGCCAAGCUCGGCCGCAAGACGGGCUCCAAGGUCAGCGGCAAGGUGUUCUCCGACGGCCUUGGCACAAUUGGCGUCCUUGUCUCUCCAAUGAGUAAGUUCGCGCCCCCCGCCCGCGCUCGCCGCCUCUCCGAGCCGGCAGUGCAUUCCGGCUCAUUCAUCACGGGGGCGGCGGAGAACAGCGCUUGGCCGCGGCUGGUGAGCGCGAUGCUGGUGGCGGCAGAGGUGGCGUGACGCGGCGCGGCCAGUGUGACACGGUCCACCAGCGGGCGCCCGCAAGUUACCCCACCGAGGUUGGCCUGGGCGUAGACCCCUCAGGCCGUACAGCCCUGGUCAGCGGUUCGCGCGAGGCAAGGGGUGAGCGGGGUGGCUUCUUUACGCAACAGGCAUCUAACGUCUUGUUGAACAACAAGACUGAGAUGUUCUGUCGUAGCCUGCCUUGGCACCCCCUUGUACCACCGCCUUGUGCUCGCCGCCGGGCAUGUAUUACCAGGGGACUGAGCGUUUCAACCUUCCUUCGCAAAGCCGGAGUCCGAUGGGCGCGCCACCAUGUCCCCGAGUCUUGACAACGGAAUUCUUUACGCGGAGGCAGGCUUUUGUUGUGUUUUGUCUCUUCUCGUUGGCUCACCCACAGCUCAUCAUAUCUUCAGCCCCCCUUCCUACCACGACUUGUCUUGUUUAAGUAGGUUCCUGCCCACGGAAUGGCCUCAACUCCGUCAUAACUUGGCUUUGGCCCGCACCUUUUAACCUGGACAAUCCUCGGUGAUUGUGUGUACGAUACGAGCUGGCGACGCUGCUGCAGCGGACGUCGGCGCACUUUGGCAGACGUUGUGCGGCAGGGGCCCUGGAGGGUGUCGGAGCAUCGUUGGAGUCCCCCAGAAGUGGAACGAGGAGACGCCCCCUGCCCCAGUCCCUGCCCGGCCUGGCACAGCUGCUGGCCUCCCUCUGUGGAACUAGGCAGCGCAAUCACGGCCGCAUCGAUUGCUGCUUCGGCAGCCGUAGGAAUCUAUUACGCUCACGCAUUGUGGAUUGUGGCGCGCUUCCGCCUCCUUUCGUCCUAGACCCUAUGGUGUCUUCCCUGCGGCCAGAGUUGAAGAGCGAUCGAAUCA